GGAGAAGUCAACAACACAUCGUCGCCUCCAAUCUGCUUAGACCUCUUUUUGUUACACAAAAUCCCUCUUUUUUCACGUCAUCGAGGAGAUCCUCAUCCACGAAAACACUUUCUCCCGAUGCCGAUGAUUUGGCUUCGAAGAUGCCACCCGAAAUUCUCAUGCACACCAAGAAUCCCGAACCAGUUCGUCACGAGAUUGCCGAGACAAAAAAACCUCUAAAGACCACGGAUCUUGAAAAUCUGGAUAUUAACAUUAAGCUUCAUAGGAAACCCAUUACCCUUUCAGAUAAGAUCGCUUUCACGGUUGCGGCGGUUCCCGGAAUGGUUGGUGGCACCAUCCGCCAUCUUGGAUCCCUUAGGAAGAUGAAGCAUGAUGGCGGUUGGAUUUCUCAUUUGCUUCAUGAAGCCGAGAAUGAACGUAUGCACCUGAUGACAUGGAUGCGUAUCUCCCAGCCUACAAUGUGGGAACGUGCCUUGGUCACCACAGUUCAGGGAAUUUUCUACAAUGCAUUCUUUGCUUUAUACUUACUCAGCCCAAGAACUGCUCACCGCGUUGUAGGCUAUCUAGAGGAGGAGGCUAUUGUCAGCUAUACAUCAUUUAUCAAGGAAAUUGACGCAGGGAAUAUUCAAAAUACCAAGAAUAUCCCUGAAAUAGCGAUUAAUUAUUGGCGUCUGGAUCGAGAAACUGCAACGUUACGCGACUUGGUAUUGGCAAUUCGUGCCGAUGAAGCCUCUCACCGCGACACCAAUCACCAUUUCGCGGAUCGUAUCGUUCUCGGCCGCGAAGACUUGUGGGAGGACAUUAGGCAUGUGAUCGACGAAGAAUCCCAUCGUGAGGGCGGUGGUAAAACCAAAAAAAUCGCUGGAAUUAGUGAGGAAGCUGGUGAAGCUUGGAAACGGUAA